UAUCUUCUUCAAUCCUUUAUAUAUAACAUCAUUUUAUCAUUUCUUACUUUCCUUUUUUUUUAAUUUUAUCAUUAAUUCCCUCUCUCCUCAUUCUCUCUCAUUCUCCUCAUUCUUACGUUUUUUUUCAGUUUUUUUUUUAUAUUUUAACUAAUAUGAAAAAUGAACGUUCCAACCGAGAAUUUGAUUCUUCGGAUCCGCUAAAAUCUGUUAAUUCCAAAAAUAUUUUGGACUCGUUUCGUUAUUUUAAAGGAAGAAGAUAUCAUAAUUUGACUGAUGUAACUUAUUUAUUUCCAAACGAUGAUAAAGAAGUUGAAAGAUUACAUUUACAACACAACAUAUGCAGAUUUGUUUGGAAAAAUAAUUUUUCUUCCCCGAUCCAUGAGUUAUUAAAGUCUGGAAAUGCGAAAGUAUUAGAUAUAGGGUGCGGAGCUGGGCACUGGAUAAUAGAUAUGGCAAAAGAAUAUCCACAAGCUACAUUUGUAGGCAUAGAUAUGUCGCCAAUAUUUCCUGAUGUUAAAGAUAUACCAUCAAAUGUCAUUUUCUUACAACUUAAUUUAAAUGAUGGUAUACCGUUUCCCAAUGAAACGUUUGAUUUCGUAUUUCAACGAUUCUUGUGCAAUUGUGUAGUAUUGGAGAAAUGGAAAUUUUAUGUAAAAGAAAUGAUCCGCGUAACUAUUCCAGGUGGGUGGGUAGAAUUCUUCGAAUUUGAAAUUGAUCAUAGUGACAAGCAACUAAUAGAAGCAAUUCAUUCGGGAUUUAAAGCAAAAGGAAUCAAUUCAAGUCCAGAAACCUGUGUUCCCCAAUUUUUAGAAAAAUGCCAAGAAUUGUCGAAAGUUCAUUAUAAAGAAAUAUAUAUUCCAAUAGGAGAUUGGGCAGGACCAUUAGGCACUAUGAUGACGACAUAUGUUUCAAUGAACUUUGAAACAGUUAGAUUAUUACUUACUUCAGCUUGGAGGAUCGAUGAUAAGACGUACGAUUCAGGCUAUGAUGGACAUAAAUUCGAUUUUAACGCAACUAAUACUUAUCUUAAAUCAAUACGAUGGUUUUCUAAAAAAAAUUAAAAAAAAAAAAAA